AUGGGGCGUAUACGCAAAGAGAAGGGCGGAACUACGACACACUCUGAGCCUAAAGCUGGCCCCAGCAAGCCCGCGAAGAAGUCCAAGUCGAAGGAUGCGUUGAAGGACCAGGUUCAAGCGCUGGGCGGGGAUGAUGGGGACGUGCAGAUGUUGAGUGGGGUCAAGGAUGGGAUGGUCGUGCAGGGUGAUGUUGCCGGAGAUGCGAACUUGUCCAAGGACGUCUCGCGCUUCUUGAAGGGCCUCAACUUGGGAUCGUCUGGUGAUGCCGCGCCCUCUUCAUCUACUCCGAAGCAGAAGAAGGACAAGAAGGAGAAAAAGGCCGCAAAGGAGCCGACUGCUGCUGCUAUCACCACUAAACCUGCCCCGCAACCCGCCAAACCGGUGGAGAAGGCGCAGGAGAAGAAGGAGAAGAAGGAGAAGGGCAAGGAGAAAGGCAAGGAGAAGAAGGAGAAGAAGAGCCGCGACUAUGUCCCACCACCCCAGCCGUCGACGUCGGCAGCCACACUCCCGGAUAUCGCGCCGCCAAAGAGCGGCAAGAUGCUGUUCGCGCCAACUUCCGACUGGUACAACCUCGUCGAACCUCUCCCCGCUCCGGCCGAGGCUUUGUCCACUCCUACAGCCGCUCAGAUCGCGUCUCUGACUUCGACCGCUGCUUCACUCCACACUGCAGAGCUCUCGUCUUUCUCCACGGGCGGCCCGAACUCCGGUCUGGUCUCCUCGACGUCCGACCAGGCCUUCCUCAAAAACAUCCUUUCGUCCGGUACUCUGAGCGAUCGUCUGAGCGCUUUGACGCUCAUGGCGCAGAGCUCGCCCUUACACAACACGCGAGCGUUGGAGGUGCUGAAGAAUAUGGCGGAGAAGGGCAAAGGUGGGCAGAGCAGAGAGGGCGACAAGGGCAAGGGGAAAGGAGGCGCCGGGAGCAGGGACGAGAGGUUGAAGGCCGCAAGAGCUAUCGUCGAUUGGUGGGUCGGCGGAGGCUCGCCGCCGCGUAAGCUCAAGUAUUUCCGUGAUCAGCCGUUGCUGCAUCCUGGCGUUACGAACAAGCAUCUGCUGGUGUGGUACUUUGAGGAUUGGUUGAAGAAGUACUUCUUCUCUUUGCUUCAAGUUCUGGAGAUGCUUUCGCUCGACACACUGCCCUACGUCCGGAUGCAAGCUCUCACUUUCAUCUACCAACUCCUCCGCGAGCGUCCCGAACAAGAACACAACUUACUGCGUCUACUCAUCAACAAGCUCGGCGACACAGACAAAGCAGUCUGCUCCCGCGCAUCCUACUACAUCCUCCAACUCCUCCAAUCAUUCCCCGACAUGAAAACGAUCGUCAUACGCGAAACAACAGCGCUCAUCAUGCGCCCCGCCGCAUCGUCCGCCGCCGCAUCUACCCUCACCCAGCCCUCCGCAUCCUCCUCCGCAUCGUCGAAACCGAACACGCAUAUCAAGUUCACAGACGACGACGACGGCAAGGACAAGAAGAAGAGCGCACCCGCACCAGCGCGACCGCAGGAUAGAAGCACAUGGAACGUCCACGCGCGGUACUACGCCGCUAUCACGUUCAACCAGAUCGUGCUGUCCGCCGCACCGAAGGACCGCGAGGCGGCGCGCGCGCUGAUGGACGUGUACUUCAGGCUCUUCCGCGACGUCGUCGGCGAACGCUCUUCCGCCUCCCCAUCCAACGACCUCUCCGACGACGAAGGCGCUGGCGCACCAGAACCCACCAAAGGCGCAGGCGUGAACAAAGCCCGCGACGCAUUCAACGGCGCCGAAGGCAAAGCCCUGCGCCGCGCCACUCGCGCCGGCCCGAAGUCCGUGCAGGGCGCAGCGGGCUUCGCAGAGGUCCAGGACGAGAACUCGCGGCUCGUGAGCGCGAUAUUGACGGGCGUCAACCGCGCGAUGCCGUUUGCGAAGUUUGGGGGGCACGAUGUGGAGUUUGAGAGGCAUAUGGACACGCUGUUUUUGAUUAGCCAUACGAGCACGUUUAAUGUGGGGGUGCAGGCGUUGAUGCUGGUGUGGCAUGUUGUGGCGGGGUUGCAGGCGGCGGAGGCGGAGGGGAGGGCGGCGGAGGGGAAGGAGAAGGGAAAGGCGAAGGAGGGGAAGGAGAAGGGAAAGGCGAAGGAGGGAGGGGAGGGGAGGCCUGACGCGGCGAAGGCUGUCAUCGCGCGGUACUACCGCACGCUCUACGCAACGCUCUUCGAUCCCCGACUCUUCAGCAGCAACAAGCAGGCGAUGUACCUCAACCUCCUCUUCAAGUCUUUGAAGGGCGACGCAGACAGGGAGAGGGUGCAGGCGUUCGUGAGGAGGUUCUGUCAGGUGCUUGGCGGAGGGUUUGGCGGGAACGAGUUCGUGGCGGGCGGGAUGUGGUUGUUGGGCGAGCUGUGGGCGGGGGUGCCGGGGUUGCGGG